UCUCUCUCUGUUUUGACGUCACCAUGGCAACCACCAGGUGAGGGCGGCUCGUACCUUCACCUGCCUCACACUAUACCUGUACAACGUGAGUGACGCCUGUAUAACCAUGAGUGUCAUCCACGGAGAACUUGGGCUGAGCGAGGAGCACCGGGCGGCCGUGUCCUCCUACCUUCGUUUCAGCAAAUAUCAGCGAGCCCAGAGACUUCGUUCCAUCGAGGCGUGCUUCCAGGAUGUCAAGGAUACCAGGCUGGUGGAUGACACGUACACACUUGAGGAGGUUCGGGAGCUCCUGGACAGCCUGGGGGACGUAGUGAAGGCCGAGGUGGAGGGGGAGCUGCUUCACGCCAGCCACACCAACUCCCUCCUGCUGACCAGACUGUUCAAGCAGGCGCAGAAAUGGCACCUCACCCUCGACGCAGACACCUCAGACCUCGAGAACAAGGAGCUUCUUGAGGAGAUAAAGAAGUUUGAGGAGAAGGAGGGAGACCACAGCUGGGCGGGCACCAUUCCAUCCCCCAGGAAGAGGACCCUCGCCCCCCUGGCGCCCCUCACAGAGACUGAGGGGCCGCUGGCUCUCCUGCAGGCGGAGAUCCAGCGCCUGACGCAGGAAAAUAUUGACCUCUCUCAGAGACUGCAGUCAGCCAAAGGACAGGUGUCAGAGGUGUCCAAGGGCAAGACUGAGGCAAGUCUGAACCUGCAGCAGGCCAAGGAUGAGCUGAACAGGAUCAAGAACGGGCUGGCGAACCGACCCACCUCUGAGGACGUCACUGAGCUGUGCAACGAGGUGGAGCGGAUGAGGCUGCAAUUGAGCGCGGAGAUAGAGAACCACGAGGCCGCCCAAGAUCAGAUGGCCCGCGACCUGACCACCUCCAAGCAAGGCCUCCAGCAGGUCAAGGCGCAACUCCAGCUGGCAGAGAAGGAGCUGGAGAAGAAGUUUUCCCAGACCGGCGCCUUCCAGAACAUGAAGAAGAUGCUCAACAAGAAGAACGAUCAGAUCAAGGCGCUGCGGAAGAGGCUGCGGGAAUUUGAACCCAACGCAGAGGAGGCGAUGCUGGAGGAGGUGUGAGAGGGAGUGGGGGUGUAGGUAUAGGAGAGAGAGAGAGAGAGAGAGAGAGAGAGAGAGAGAAGGGUAGGGUUACUCUCUCUGUCUCUUUCCUAUAUAUUUAUCUAUCAGUAUGUCAUAUCUUUCUUCCUUUCCUUCAUCUCCUUUCUUUUCUUCUUCUUCUUCUACUUCUUCUUUCUUUCUUUCUUUCUUUCUUUCUUUCUCUAAGUCUGUCUUUUUUCUCUUAAUUCCUUUCCUUCCUUUCGUUUUCUGUCCGUUUCUCUCUCUCUCUCUCUCUCUCUCUCUCUCUCUCUCUCUCUCUCUCUCUCUCUCUCUCUCUCUCUCUCUCUCUCCUUCUUCUUCUUCUUCUUCUUCUCCUCCAUCUUCUCUCUUUCUCUCUCUAUCUAUUUAUCUAUCAAUCAAUGUAUCCUCUCUCCCUUUCUUCCCGUUCAUUUAAAUCUCUCUCUCUCUCUCUCUCUCUCUCUCUCUCUCUCUCUCUCUCUCUCUCUCUCGCGGGGUCGGCCAUCAGCGACUCAGCGGGGUCGGACAUCAGCGACACCUUCAUACCCUCUUGGAAUGCGCGGAAUCUCAUUCAUUUGACGUCUUGAGCUCUUUAAUUAAAACAUCAAUCUCUGCUCAUUGAUUGACUGACUGAUGGUUUAGUGUUGGAAAAGUACACAGCAAAGGAAAAGGGAGUAGCAUAUAAAUACCAUGGCAUCCCUACCCGAUUGUACAACUAUAAUGAUAUAUUCGUAGGUAACACUUAUAAGAAACACCGGCCUAAUACAGUGGCAAGGGGCAUGUGUUCUUGAUAAACUAUAUAAAUUACUUUUUUUGGUCUUCUAUGAGAGGGAGGGAGGUCAGUUUUACAUAGCUUCACAUAUGUUUGCAGAACCUCUCUCUCUCUCUCUCUCUCUCUCUCUCUCUCUCUCUCUCUCUCUCUCUCUCUCUCUCUCUCUUUCCUAUAUUUCUCCGAGACACGAAGUUGUGGCUACUCUUUCUAAUAAUUUAUCUUGUUCACGGUCUGCCUCAUGUGAUAUAUAUAAUAGUAAAUGAUUAAAUAAAGAAAGAAUACGCGAGUACCCCGGCCUGUGAUCAGUUGCCGUUCGAUCAGACCGAGGCAGUCAAACUUGGCACAUUGUAUUCCUCGAUUUCUGACUAUAAAAGCUUCGUACCCAGACAA